AUGUACAGGAGACUCGCUGGAAAGGCUCCAAGGCAAGGAAAUAGCGUCACAGCGGUGGAUCGACUAUCGGAUCGCUUGAUGGCUGUAAAAGUAGAUACAGGAGAAGUUGAAUUGCGAGUCGUCUCUGCUUAUGCGCCACAGGCGGGCUGUAGUGAAGAAGAGAAGGCGUGCUUUUGGGAAGAUCUAGAGCAGAGACUUCAACGGACAGUCGGUUCUCGGAAAGACGGAUUCGAGAGUUGUCGUGGUGGAUACGGCUAUGGAGCUCGUAACGACGACGGGUUGCGAAUCCUGGAGUAUGCUGUUGCAAGUGACUUGAUCAUUGCUAACACGCAGUAUCGGAAAAGAAAAUCGCAUUUGAUCACGUACACCAGCGGCGGUCGUGAAACACAAAUAGAUUUCUGGAUGUUACGCCGACGAGAUCGCCGACUUCUGCAGGAUUCAAAGUCAUCCCUACAGAUCAUGUCGCUGCCCAACACCAUCUGCUCGUUAUGGACUUGA